UGCUGCAGAAAUGAAGAGAGCGGCCAAUAAAUACGAAUUCAAAGAGACAUCCAUACCGUCAGACUUCAAUUUCGUUCCAGCUAUUUCUAAGCCUCACAAUAAGAACGUACCAAGGUAACUUUCAUUUAACAAAGGAGAGAUAACUAAGGCUAUCUAAGUGUAUGGGCAUUUUAAGACCAACUACCUUUCUCCUCUUUUUUCCAGAAAUCAAUUUGUAGCCAAAAUGCAUAAAGGGUAAGAUUUCUCUUUCCCAUUUUAAAAAGUUGGGAGAAAUACAUUUGCUAAUAAAAAUGAUCAUAGCAUUCUGUCUUUUGAUAGAGCUUCCACCAGACAUGGACAGCAGCAGUCAGAACUGAAGGGCCAGAAUAAACUUUUAGGGGAAGCCAAUGAGGAACUGCAGAAAAAAAUUACAGAAACACAGGUAAGUUCGUUAAAGGGAUGAUUCACUCCUUUCCAAACAUAUGUGAGCAUAACACUGCACUAGGUUCUCUCUAUGGGCUGUUGAAUGGAACGUCUUGAGAAGAGUUCAAUGUUAGCCCUGAACAGAAGAGAGAACUAGUGCAGUCAUUUCAUUUCAUUUCAUUUUGCAGCAAAAAGUUGCCCAGCUGGAGCAACAAUACAGUGACCUCCAGGGAACCAAUGCAGACAUCCAGAAACAUCUGAAGGACUGCCAUGCGCUACUAGUCGCUGGAAAUAUUGAUCCAGGUAAUCAUUACAUCCUGACUAGACCGGCCACGUUACGUUCGUAGCCAGGUGUUAAAAUUGAACUUGGUUCUAUUUGAGACGGUUGACGACAUGCAAGUCCCGCCUCUACAUCUACUCAUUGGUUUUCACGAGCAUACUAACCCACCUGGGUGAUUUGAAAUAUUAACAAGGCGAUAUUAAUCAAAGAAAACAAAUUAAGUUUCCCUUUUCAUCUUUGGAUUAAUUGUCGGGAGUAGAAAACACACAAUUUUGUAUGGGUUCAAAUUCUACAAAAAAAAGGACCAUAUGCAUUUCAGGUAAAAUAACAAUCCAGUGUUUAUCUCCCAGGACAAAUUAUCUAGCAACAGCAAGUUAGCUAAAUGUCCAUGAAUGUUUCAUGUGUGUUUUGACCUGUCCCCAAAUUAAUAUAGCUGGUUCAUAGCUGGUAUUGUAAUGUGUGUGUCAUGAACGCGUCUGGUGGGGAUAGACAAAAUCAACAUGCAAACGACAGCGCAUGCAUGGGCCGGUUUAGUCAAGGUGUUAAGACUACAGGAAUUUGUUCUCAGGUGAAAGCUAUGAACAACUUACAAUUGUUUAUUUGGAUAGUUUGGUUAGCUUUAUAAAGAUUGUUUCUUUAACCAUUUUUGGUCUCUGUUUUGGGAGAGGGAAUUGGAGAAACUGCACUGCAAAAUGAGGAUCAACAGCGAGAGGUGGUGGUAAGGACUUUCACUCGUUUUUUCAAUAUUGUUUAACAGUCUUAUUACUUAGGGGGCUUUAACACCAAAUUAGUUUGGUGCAGUUUUUCUGCUGCGUUUACCCCCCUUAGUUCGGUUAGUUUGGACUGGUGUGAACACUAUCCGCACUCUGGAGCGCACUAAACAACGCACCGUGGUUCACUCAAAAAGGGUGAUCCGAUUCAAUUCGUACUGUGGGGCUGUUCGCUGCAGGUGAGAACACAGUUCGGACCAAACAUAGGAAAAGAACCAGUCGUGCAGUAUUAUUGGUUGUUUGACUGCGAGCAUGAUGAAAUGCAUGCAGCGUCAUAACUUGAUAUCUCUGAAAUGUUUUGUUAGUAGCAGCGCCUUUGAGUGCAUCCAAUGCAGAUUAAGGGAGACGGGGGGGGCUGUGCCGGGGAUAUAGGCUACUGAAUAUAGCCUAUUCACAUUGUAGUUAGAGCGGCUAUUGCGAUGUUUCCUCCAGCAUGCUGUUUGAAGACCAAAAUGAAAGUAAUAUGAAGAUUGGGACACACAAGUGAGCUUCAUGAUAAUCAUAGAUGGAUUUAACAUGAGCAUUUUUGUCCAAUAAACAAAUUACUUGCAUGGACACGUGGUUUUGUUUAGGGAUUUUAGUUUGACAUUUGGCAUUGUGAAACCAACCGGACCAAAAAAUAAUAAAACAUACAAUGUAACAAAUAAUCAAACUCUGAUUCGAACGAUAGCUCAAAACUGUGUGUGAAAAUGCCCUUAGACUCAAAUGUUACUGAGGUCCUUGUUUGCAGGAAUCUGGCUUUGUAAUUGUAUGUAGGUAUUUUUUUGUUGAUGUAUACGUCAUUUUUUUAUCUCCAAUGAUGCAGAAUGUAUCCCGAGAUCUGUUAAGUGAACUGCGGACAUUUGGUGACAUGGCAACAGAACAAAGUGCACAACUAACAGUAAGUUCAUUAUGUUUGAUUGACAUAAAAGCAGAAGUAAUCCUGUGUGUAUACCCCGAUGGGCAAGUGCCUUUGAGAGCUUAAUGUCAACCCCUGGUAAGUAUGUUCUAUCUAGAGCUCGUUUGAAAUGGGAAUUGUUUGUUAAUUUCCAGGAAGUUCAAAAGACCAUGAAGGAUCUCACGGAGGCUCGGGAGCAUCUCGUGCAGGAGAGGGAGAAUUUCUCCUUGGAAGUUGAAGAAAUGGAGAAGGCUGUUGAGGAUGCAGAGCAGCUUUUAUUGGAGUAGAAACUGUGUGCGCUUGCUUUUGCUUUUAAUGUAAAUGUAAUUAUAAAAUGUUUUGUAUAUUUCACCUAACUUAAGUUAAAUUGUUAAUACUUGCAAACAGUUGUUUUCACUCAGUCUUAUUUUAUUUGUCUGGAAGACUGCAAAUUUAAAAGCAGUUGGAUUGACAAGUGUUAUUUUUGCCUAGAUACCAGGGUUUCUAAACCUGUACUGUACUGUCUUUUAAACCAGUCUGUGAAAAGUUCCAAGCUCCACCGCCGGGGGAAGUAGUUUGGUGGUUGGGGUGCUGCGAUUUUU